CCACUGAAUUGCAGAUAAUUCUGUUCCUCAGCGCGUAUUAGACCAUUUUAUCUGUUGAAUUGUAGAAACCCUAGAAAUAAUAUUCGAUCAUUUUUUUCGAUUUUGAAGAUGUCUCGGUGCUUCGCGUAUCCACCACCUGGAUAUUCUCCGAAUACAGCAAGCAAUUAUGCCUUGAUCGAAUCGAUUAAGCUCCAGAGGGACAAGGAAAGAGUCAAAUUGGAAAGGAAGAAAGAAAAGAAAAGGAAGAAGAAAGAGAGGAACAGAAAGAAGGCAAAAAAGGCAAAGCAGGAAUCAACUUCAAGUUGUUCGCUAACUGCCGAUUUGAUUUCUGGAGGAGAUAACAGAGAGUUGAAAACUAGGUACUUACAGAAAGAUAGCGAGGAUGAAAUUGUUGAGCGUUUGGAGGACAACAGUCUAUCCGAGGAACACGGCAAGCCUGUCUGCUCAAAAGAUCCAAGCUGCUUAUCUGACAGCACCCAAAAUAACAAGAAAAGAAAGAGAUCUACCUUACCUUUGAAUGGAAUACAUGACCAUAGUAGUGUUGUCCGCAUUCGAUUGUCCUCACAUAAGCAUGAACAAUGUGAUAUAUCUAACAAAGAAGACUCUUUCAAAGAAUCUGCUAAACAUGAGGUAGAAAGAGCUUCUCCCUUGUCGAAAACCAACAAGCAACUGUCCCCUUCCAUGUCGGCUUCAGGACAGCAGUCAUUGUCAGAGGACAAGACAACAACUGCUUUUUUCUCCAAAUUGCACGAGAAUGAUAUAGAACUAGAGUUCAAGAAUUUGUUUAUUAACUGUGCUCCACCAAGUAUUCAUUACGAGUUUGAUGAUCAAGAUUGGCUGUUCCGGAGAAAGCAUGAGCAGAUGAGAGUGAUGGAAAAAGGCGAAGUCAGCAACGACAUGUCUUGUGGCACCUCUGCAUUGUUGCCGCGUGCGCAAUACCUUGAUGAUGCUGAAUUGUAUGCAUUCCCCUUUGCAGUUCCUUUUUGAGUUGCUUGUAGUAAAUUUGAGCUAGAUCUUCUGCCAGGGAGCUUAUAGCUCUUCUCUGGAAGCCAGUAGAUUGAUCUGAGUGUUAUUCUUUUGAUUUUCCUCGGCCAGUAAUAUAAUGAAAGCAUUCUGCUGGUCUA